AUGCAGGUUUUGGGGCCCCAUGCGGGCAAGGUGAAGCAAGCAAAGGAGGCGGUGACCAAGAUGAUCUCGCAGCUCAGCCCGCCGCAAGCUCGAGUUCUCAUUCGCCAAGUGAUGCUGCCCAAGAAAGCCGGCGUCGGUUUGCAAGUUGCAGGUCUGAAGAAAAUCGUGGAUUUGCGGAUUCCCGAUCCGUUGGAGCUGUAUACCUUCGUAUGGCGGAAGGGCGAGUGCCAGAGGGAUGUUGCAGGCAACAUUCUGUCCAAGGUGGCUACAUCCGGAGAGUUCCGCCCAGAAGAUGUACGCUUCUACUUUGAUUACUUCGACCGAACGGACAACCAAGAUGAUCAGGCAUACGUGGCGCAGAUCAUGCUCGACCAGCUCAUCGAGCAGCCAGAGUGGGUGUUGCCCUACCUUCCAAAGGUCGUCUCCAAAUUGGCCAUGGUGCCAGGGGCCACAAACAAGUCUGUGCAAGCACUGAAAGCCUGCACCUCAAACGUCACAGAUGUUGUGGAGGCGCUCACAAGUGUCUUGCAGGCUUCUCGCUUGGCCUUCAGGACGGACCCCAAGCUCAACAAAGAAGGAACUGAUGGGCGAGUGUUGGCAGAUCUGAUUUCCCUGAUCUCCUUCGGUCAGUUCACGGAGCUGGUGAACGCCGUCGCGCGUAUGUCCCUGGAGGAAUGUGACCCAGCGACAUUGAAGACUUUCCUUCGCGAGGUCUUCCGCAGAUGGGAGCAAGCAGUGACUAGCAACGACAACAACGCAAAAGGCUACUUCAGCUGCGCCUUGUCUGCUUGGGUCAAGCUUCUGCGUCCCGGGCAGUACAACACCUGGGUAACGGAGCUUGAGGAGAUGGAGAAACGAACUUUCGACAACGGAAGCGUUGAAAGCUGGGGUCAGAUGGCCCAGGCAUUGGCAGGCUAUGCCCCAGAUAUGGGCCUCUCUCCUGAUGAGUGGGACCAGAUGCUGCAGGUCCUUCGAGGUCUGUUUGUGAGAUUGCUCGAUGGCCCUCUCCGCGUGAACACGGACGCGGCUGAGAACAAGACUCCUGCAGAUGACACCUUCAAAAAGGAGAAUAGCUCUCGCGAGCAAGUUCGAAGCGACCUGCUGCUGACUUACUGGGUGCAGCUGCUCUCGCACGGAUGCACCGAGGAUGAGUCCAACGAGCUCUUCAAGCGAUGCCCAGAGAAGAAGAAAGUUGCGCUGGCCACCAACUUGGUUGAAGCCUGGGCUAAGAGGAACUCUGAAGAGACUUCGCGCGAGAGCAAGGCAGCCGCAUUCCAGCAGGAACGCCCUGAUGGCGGAUGGAAGCACACGGGUGGAAAGCCAGUCUCCCAAAUUACUGUCGGCUCCAUUGUCAGCGGCAAUAUCACCAACUCCUCCAGAGAGUUCGGUGUCUACGUCAACUUUGGAUGCGAGAAGGAUGGGCGGAUAAGCGUGCCCCAGGCCGAGUGGAAAAAGUAUCGUGUGGGGGACCGGGUGGAGCGCAUGGUCGUUCACAAGGUGAACGUGGAGCGGAAGUUUGUCGAUCUCUUGGUGGUGGGAUCCAAAGGUCAAUCUAUCGGGCUUGCAGCUUCGAAGCAGGUGGCAGAGCGCGCGCUGAGCUGGAUAGCCUCAUCUGCAGAGCUGCGCAGCACCUUCCGGACCACUCUGCAGAAGCUUUGGGCUAAGCUCGUCACUGCAGACCCUGCUGACAAGUGGGAGGCGAACCUGCAACUUCUUGGCGAAGCCCCAUCUGCCAAGCAGAGCGUGCAGCUUUUGAAUCACGUUUUGGAGCAGAAGCCGCAGACGGACCUCCUCCGGGUAGCUCUGAAGUGGCUGAGCAGGAUCUCGGCGCCCGACGCUGCGAGGCUGUGGCCAAAACUCCUCCUCAAUGAUGGCCAGACCUGGGUCAAUACCGACGAUGUGAUCGCCUUGCUGAAGCUCUGUGAGACUGAAGGCCUCGAACUGCCAAAGUUCUCCCAGGUGGUGUCCAAGGCCAUGCGGGAGCAAGCCACCGAAGCGCUUAGCAAGUCCCCGCUUCCAGAGGUCUGCUGGGCCAUGUCUACGCGGAAAGGCGUGCAAGCUCUGAUCCUUUAUGUGGCAUGCACCGCCAGGGCCAGUGUGCUCAAAGCAUCCCAUGGGCAAAUUUCAGACGGGUCCGUUUCUGCCUUCCAAGAGUCGGGGCUGAGUGUGGCCGAGGAGGCAACCUUGCUACAGAUGAGGGAGACAUCUAACCAGACUCGCCAGAUAUCAUCCUGUUGGGCCAUGCUGGCCAAGCAUGAGGAGGUGUUGAAGCCGCUCCCACCAGCGACGGAUGCUCUGUGGCAAAAGCGCUUGUAUCUGGCCAGGCAGACUCCUCCCAGGAGGACUUUGGUUAUUUUCUCCGGGCAUUACAUCCCCCCAGGGCCCAGCGCUGAGAAGGCCUACAUGGAGAACCUGAGGUAUUUCUUGAAGUACGGGGCCUGCCGAGACAAGCUGGUAACCACCCUAGUGGUCGUGGGGCCGGAGGCGAACGUCACGGCACUUGUUGAAGCUGCUCCGCACGUGACAUGGCUACGUCGCAGCCCUUAUUGUUACGACUUGGAAGCCUACAAGGUAGGCCUCAAGCACAUAGGCGCAAAGGGGCUUAGAAGCUACGAUUACUUCGUCUUUCUGAACUGCGGCUUGGCAGGGCCGUUCCUGCCAGCUUCUGCACUGGAGGCAGGCAUUCACUGGUCGCGUUACUUCACCUCCCGUAUCACCAGUAAAGUGAAGCUGGUGGGUAUUGGUUUCAACUUUGAGGCACUUCCCCCCCUCAGUGGGCGGCACCCCACCGUCAUGUCAAUGCUCCUGGCUACGGACCAUGCAGGGCUGAAAGUCCUUGUGAGGCACGUUGAGCAUGAUCUCAACAUUGACCUAGUCUCUGGCCCGGCACUCGACGACUUGCAUGCCGCUGUGGAGUGGCCAACCACGCAAGUAAAAUGCCGCGCAGCUGACACUCGUCACGGCGACUUCGUGACUAUGUCAAGGCUUGAGUUCAUUAAUAGCUUUGAGGUGCUCCUGUCGCAGAGCAUGUUUGACGGUGGCUACUCCAUUGCUGCCAUUGACCUAGCAGAUUUUGGCAAGGAAAUAUCCAGCCGAGAUGGAACUGAACAAAGCCACGGCGAUCUCCUGAAACCCGGUUUUUACUUGAACCACUCCACGAUUGGACCAUUUGACGCGAUCUUCAUGAAGACCACACGGCAUGGGGAAGCAGCCCAGAAAAGACAUCAGGUGCGGAGUUUAUUGGCGACAGCUUUGUAG